AUGUGCGUCUCAUCCACGUGCCUGAGCUUCUCCAGGAAUAUCAACUCCAACUACCUCUACGACAGUAUCCCAUCAGCUCUGGUCAACAUGCCUAAACUCACAGAACUCCGGGUGGGAGCAAACUACCUGACGGGCACGCUGCCAGCCAUGGCCUCGCAGCUGCAGGUGCUGGCCAUCGCCAGCAACCUUCUGGCAGGUGCCUUCCCCACGCAGCCCUUCCAGCUGUGCGACAUCCGCAGCAGCUGCCUCUCCUCGCCGGGCUCCUGCACCAACGAUGCCGGUGUGGCUCAGCGCACCUCCGGCUGUGCCUUCUGUGGUUCCGCCACGGGCGCCCCGCCUUUUUGUGCCGGCACCAGCUGCGCUCCCAAUGUUGCUGCUCGCCUUGCUGCCGGCACCGUCAACACCCCUGCUGCCGCCCUCCCAGCAAUGUUCUGCCAGGCCGUUAUAGUGGAUGACAACUCUGUGCUGGCGCUGCUGGCACUGAGGGCGGGGCUGGGCGUGAGUGCACUCAGCUGGGCGGUGGACUCGCCCUGCAUGCUGGCGGGCAACGCCCCCGCGGUGGACAGCUGGACGGGCGUCGUCUGCGACCUCUCGGGCCAAGUCCUUAGCCUCAACGUGGCGUCCAACCUCUUGGAUGCGCGCAUGAGCGAGUGGGCUCUGCCUCUCACCGGCCUCAAGGCACUCAAGCAACUGUCUCUCAACUAUAACUGGUUCUCCGGCCCUCUGCCCUCGUUCCUCCUUGCCAUGUCCUCUCUCUCAGCCCUCAACGUGCAAUUCAACUACCUCAUUGGUCCCAUCACCGGCACUCCCUCUGCCUCCCUCAAGUCCCUCAACGUCGCCUCCAACCUCCUCACAGGAACCUUCCCAGCAUCUUCCACCACCGCAUGUGAUGCACGUAGCAACUGCCUAGCAGACUCCUCCAAGUGCCUUGCCUCUGGCUCCUCCUCCCAGAGGGACGUUUCUGAAUGCUUCCUCUGCGGUGCUGGAAGUUCCGGUGCGGUGAUAUGCAAUGGAGGGGUGCGCGCGCCUGACACCACCGGGCCAGUGGCAGCACUCACACCUAAUAGUGCCUCAGAUGCUAUGCUGCCUAUGCAGUGCUCGGGUGCUCGCAUGGACGCCACAGCAGUAUCAGUUCUUGGGAGUCUCAAGGCGGUGCUGGGAGUGCCUAUCCCGGCCUGGGGAGUGAACUCCUUGUGCACAGUAACCCCUGUGGCUUCCGAGGACAUGCUCUACGCUCUUUGGCCAGGGGACACGGAAGGCGUGCAGUGCAGCCCGGCCGGUGCUGUGACGGGAGUCAACCUCAACACGCGCCAGCUGGCUGGGUCCAUGCUUGCAGAUAUUUCCAAGCUCACUGCGCUCAAUAUCCUGGUCCUCCACUCAAACUUCUUGGCUGGUCGCCUGGAUGCCUUCACCGCGCCCUUCACCGCCCUGACCAAGCUGGAGAACCUGAGUCUGGGCUCCAACUACCUCACUGGGAGCAUGCCAGUGCCAGGCACUGCCAUGAAGCACCUGGACCUCGAAAACAACUACCUCAUGGGAACCUUCCCAACAGGUUCCUGGCAGUUCUGCUCAGCACGCAUCAACUAUUUCGCGAAUGCGGCUGCUUGCACGGCGGACGGAGGCAACGGGGUUGUCCAGAGAGACACAUGCAGUAUCUGCGGCAGUGCCGAUGGCACGGGGGUGUUGUGUGGCGGCGGUGGUGCGUCCACCUGCCAGCCCACAGCUGCUCCCCUCUCGUCCCUCUCCGCGCUCAACAGCCCCUCUGCCCUUGCGCUCCCUCUGGCGUGCUCCUUGCUGCCGGCUGUACCCGUCAACUCUACUGCCAUGGCAGCGCUGCUGAGCAUCAAGACAGCCUUGGGAGUGACGCACACAGGGUGGGCGGCAAACGCUGUCUAUACGCUGGCAGGGACAGCUGGCACUGUAGCAUGUGGGAGCUUGACGGGUGUGGAGUGUGACUCAGCUAGCAACCCUGUCAAGAUCACUCUCAACAACCAGCAGCUGUUUGGAGCGCUCCCUGGUUACGUCACCAAACUCAUUGCGCUCACUCACCUCAACCUGCAGUCCAACCUGUUCAGGGCACGCCUUGAAGAUCUUGCGCUGAGGCUUCCUGCCCUCACCAACCUGGCAGUGCUCAUCGCUCAAGGCAAUCGUCCUCUCCAACAACUUCCUCUCGGGCACCUUCCCUGCGUCUCUGCUGCCAACUGCUUCACCAGCGCCACCUCCUGCAACACUCCUACCGAGCAAGGCAAUAUGGCACAGCGAGCGUCGUCGUGUGAUAUCUGCGGCACUGCGAGUGGUCAGGGCAUGCUGUGCGGCGGCAUAGGGGUGUGCACGCCCAAUGCUGCUGCACCGUUCACGGCCAAGACGCCGAAUACUGCUGCUGCUGCUGUUCUCCCCAUGGCUUGCGUUGGUGCACCGGUUGCCUGCCCCACUGACUGGUGCUGUGAAGGGCUCAAGUGUGCAACACCUGCCAUCUCCAACUGCAUUGGCUACCUCUGUACUCCUUAA